AUGGUGCAGAGCCUUGUUCUGUUCGAGACUGCUGCAGGCUUUGCGCUGUUCAAGGUGCUGGAUGAGGGCAAGCUGUCCAAGGUGGACGACCUGUACAAGUCGUUCAAGGACGUGGACACUGCCAAGUCGGUCGUCUCGCUCCAUGCCUUCCAGCCGUUCCAGGACAUUGCGCUCGCGCUGUCGGCGGCCACCGGUAUUGUCGACGGCGAGCUGUCCAAGCCGCUGAAGAAGUUCCUCAAGAAGAACGUGGUCAAGGCCGGGCUCGACGACACGCUUGCGGUGGUCGAUGCCAAGCUCGGCGGAAUCAUCAAGGAGUCGCUCUCCAUUCCGUGCGUUGCCGACUCGUCGAUCUUUGAGCUCUCGCGCUGCAUCCGCUCGCAGCUCGAUGGCCUCCUCGAGGACGUGUCUGCCAAGGAUGUGCGGAGCAUGCGCCUGGGUGUUGCCCAUUCGCUCGGCCGCUACAAGCUCAAGUUCUCGCCCGACAAGGUCGAUACCAUGAUCAUCCAGGCCAUUGCCCUGCUCGACGAGCUCGACAAGGAGCUCAACACGUACGCGAUGCGUGCGCGCGAGUGGUACGGCUGGCACUUCCCGGAGAUGUCCAAGCUCAUUGCCGAGCACAUGGAGUACUGCUCGGUCGUCCUCACCAUGGGCAACCGCGCCAACGCCAAGGACACCGACCUCACCUCGGUCCUCGACGAGUCGCUCAUCGAGCCGCUCCGCAACGCGGCCCAGGUCUCGAUGGGUACUGAGAUUUCGGACCACGAUCUGGCCAACAUCAAGUUCCUCUGCGAGCAGGUCGUCUCGAUCACCCAGUACCGCUCCGAGCUCUUUGAGUACCUCAAGAACCGCAUGAACGCCAUCGCGCCCAACCUCACCGCCCUCGUCGGCGAGCUUGUCGGCGCCCGCCUCAUCGCGCACACCGGCUCGCUCAUCAACCUCUCCAAGCAGCCGGCGUCGACCAUCCAGAUCCUCGGCGCCGAGAAGGCCCUCUUCCGUGCUCUCAAGACCAAGCACGCCACGCCCAAGUACGGCCUCAUCUACCACGCCUCGCUCGUCGGACAGGCCUCGUCCAAGAACAAGGGUAAGAUCUCCCGUAUGUUGGCCGCCAAGUCGGCCCUCGCCAUCCGCUGCGACGCCCUCGGCGACGAGGACACCCCGUCUGUCGGCCCCGACUAUCGCGUCACCCUCGAGGCUCGCCUCAUGCAGAUGGAGGGCCGCUCCAUGGCCGAGAUCGCCGCCGCCACCGGCGUCUCCCGCUCCAACAACGCCGCCGUCUCCCGCUCGAACAACACUGUCUCGUACAACGCCGCCACCGACUCGACCCUCGCCGACAUGGACGUCGAGUCCGGCAAGGACAAGUCCAAGAAGAAGCGCAAGCUCGAGGACUCGGACGACGACGACGACGAGCCGCCGCGCAAGAAGAAGGACAAGGGCAAGGACAAGGACAAGUCCAAGUCCAAGGACAAGUCGAAGGACAAGUCGAAGGACAAGUCGAAGGACAAGGGCAAGGACAAGGACAAGAAGAAGUCCAAGUCCAAGGACAAGAAGAAGUCCAAGAAGUAA